UCCGAAGGUCGGUGGCUGGAACGGAGGCUGUGAGCUGACCCCUCGCUGGACCCGAGCCCCGCAGGGGCGGCAGGCAGGUCGCGGCGGGAGACCGGCGCGGUCGAAACUGGUGCCGGGAGCUGGGCCCGCAUGUGCAGGAGUAAAAGAGAGGCAAUGCAGAAAUCAGAGUAUCCUGGGAGUACACAGCUGAGAAACAGAAUAACAGGUAACUGUGAUCAACGGUCAUUGUCAAGUGCACAAAUAAAACACAAGACUGUAAUUCAGCAAAGCAAACCCUCCUCAUCAACCAGUUCACCAGAGUCUGCAAGAAAACUUCAUCCUCGACCAAGUGAUAAACUUAACCCUAAAACAAUUAACCCGGGUCUGAGAGAGACUAAACAUCCAUAUACCUUUGUGUCAAAGGAAGGUUUUAGAGAAUUACUUCUGGUCAGUGGUGCUCCAGAAAAAGCUGUGCCUUUGCUCCCGAGACUGAUCCCUGUGCUAAGGGCAGCCCUGGUGCAUUCAGAUGAUGAAGUGUUUGAAAGAGGAUUGAAUGCCCUGGUGCAGUUAAGUGUCAUUGUUGGCCCUUGUCUAAAUGACCAUCUGAAGCAUCUGCUUACAAGUCUUUCCAAGAGACUAAUGGACAAGAAAUUCAAAGAGCCCAUCACCAGUGCCUUACAGAAGCUAGAGCAGCAUGGUGGGAGCGGAAGCCUUAUCAUCAUCAAAUCUAAAAUUCCAACAUAUUGUUCCAUUUGCUGUUGAAGAAGGGAGCCAAGGAAAAUCAUCUCACUACCUGGGGCUUGUGUCAGACACCGACAGGGAGCCGUGGGACCUUCCUUCAGACAGUUCAUUGUACUCUUCUGUAGAUCAC